AUGACAACUGCGAUGUGUGACUGGAAGAGAAGAAAGAAGAUGAAGCUGAAGAAUGAAGAUAUUGAAAAAGCGACUUGGGAGUCUUUCUUUUGCUUCCAGGAUGAUUUCGUUUGCUUUGGGGCGAGUUUCGCGAUGGACACGGAGAAGCUUUCUUCCGUAAGCGAGGUGAUUGGAAGUCGGCCUGAGGAGACGGGAGACGAUCGUGACGAUGAUGUCAAGGGCAGAGGACGAAGAAGAAGACGAAGAUAUAGCCGUAUAAGAGGAUAUAGAAAGGAGCUGAAGUUGGCGUUGACGUUGGCGUUGGCGUUGGCGGUCAAGGCGUCUCGAUGCGCUGAUAGAAGGACGACAACAACAACAACGACGACGACGACGAGGAAGAAGACCAGAAGAACAUCUACAGGCACAAUGACGAUGAAGAGAUACUUCACCUCGCUGGCAAGAAAGAUCCAUCCGCCGCUGCCCAAGACCUCCCGCGAGUCCCAGCAGCUGCUCAACCUGCUCACCUCGUCCUUCCGGCGGCAUCUCGACAGCAGACACCCCCCCGUCAGCUCGCCGGACAGCAGCAGCAACCCGCCAGACGCGGCCGGCAGAGCUGGUGGGAGCAGCAAGGCCGAUGCCCGGUCUACAGCAACGGAGAGACAUCUAAACUCGAUCCUCGAGCAUCCCUUGUUCAAUACGGUGCCGUCGACGCUGGGAGCCCGGGAUAUAUGGAACGGGAAGCAGAUACAAGAUGACCCCUUCGGAGCAUUGGACGAUGCCAUGGCCUCCGGGAGGGCAGACAGUCAGUGGCUGCAUGACUGUCUCAAGGCUCACAGGUCGUCUCUGCGUAGCAUGUCUGAUGAAGAGGCGCUUAAGGUGCUGAAGAAGUCUGGAGGUGGUGCACGCAUCAUCUCCUGGUUCAUGGCCGCGGAUAGUGAGUCCAAGAAGCGAUUCUUUGGCAAUAGACACACCAUGGCGCUGGCAAUGCCCUAUCUGGCUGUUGAGAGACGCCAGCGUACCGUGAUGGACUGGCUACAGCUUGCUAGAGCCUACCGUCCCGCCCACAGACAGCCGAAGCACGCUGACGACGGGAGCUUCCUCGAGUUCAACAUCAUGUACGAGUACGUUGCUGCAGAAGUCAAGUACGGCAGAGGCAGCAUCAACGAUGCCCUUGCUUUCUUCAUACGAGCCUCAGAUGCCUCCUGGAGAUGUGAGAUAGUCGAGCCAGGCAGCCAUGCAGUGCCUACAUACCCUUUCCGUCCGACGGCGUACUACCUUGCCCAGUGGAUUUCAGCUCCGGAGCAUGCCUCAGCUGUAGAAAACAUCCGACCGGAACUGUUCAACGCUUUCUAUUCCAUUUGUCUCUUACUUCCGAACCGGCUCUGGGCUGCCUUCUUGCCCGUUUAUCACCCCACUGAACCCAAUGUCACGUCCUCACUUGAAUAUAUCCGGAACUAUAAAAGGUCGGAUCGUGAUAACAUCGAACGCUUACUCCAUCUUUCGUUCCGGCUGGCUUCGUUGUGCCUUGAGCAGAAACAAUAUGCUGCUGCAUCAGAAGUGAUCAGCUUUACCAAGGACCUCCUCCCGGAUGAUACGGCAACCCAGUCUACCAAAAGGCAACGGCAGCAGAAACAACAAAGCGACCAAGUGGUUUCAGCCAGUGACCUUGUUUCCAGGCUAUCGUUUACUUGA